AUGCAGGCCGCCGGAGCCAACCGCGCCCUGGCCCCCGCGGCGGCGCCUGCCGUGAAGGCCCGCUGCUGUGGGCCGGCAAGGGUGGGACGUCGGGGAGCUGCCCGGGUGACAUGCAUGGCGGCAGGCGCCACUGAACCCAAAAAGGUUCUGCUGAUGGGUGGCUCACGCUUCAUCGGGGUCUACUUGAGCCGUAUGUUGAUCGAAGCUGGCCAUGAUGUCACGCUGUACACGAGGGGAAAGAAAGAUGUAGCUUAUCAAAUCCCUGAUGACACGGACGAGAGCUAUGCCAAGUUUGCAGCUAGUGUGCACCACAUCAAGGGUGACCGGAAGGAUGAAGCCGAUUUGAAGGCUAAACUGUCUGGGCAAGGUUUCCAAGUUGUCUACGACAUCAAUGGAAGGGAAGCAUCCGAAGCUGCCCCUCUGCUUGACACGAUGAAAGAUCUUGAACAGUAUAUUUUCUGCUCAUCGGCUGGUGUGUACCUCAAGUCUGGGCAAAUGCCCCAUUGUGAGGUUGAUGCUGUCGACCCCAAAUCCAGGCACAAGGGCAAGUUGGAGACUGAGGACCUGCUGGACAAGAGCGGCGUGAACUGGACAUCAUUGCGCCCUGUGUAUAUCUAUGGGCCACUCAACUACAAUCCCGUCGAAGAAUGGUUUUUCCACAGAAUCAAGGCAGGCCGCCCAGUGCCAGUUCCGGGAUCGGGGAUGCAGAUCACUCAGCUUGGCCAUGUCAAGGACUUGGCCUCUGCAUUCGUGAAGGUGUUGGCCAACCCCACCGCCUAUGGCCAGAUCUACAACAUCUCAGGCGAGAGGUAUGUCACCUUCGACGGGCUGGCGCUGGCCUGCGCCGAGGCCAUGGGCGCCCCUGAGCCAGAGCUCGUGCACUAUGACCCCAAGUCGAUGGACUUUGGCAAGGCCAAGGCCUUCCCCUUCAGGGACCAGCACUUCUUUGCGUCGAUCGACAAGGCAGAGAGGCAGCUGGACUGGAAGCCUGAAUUCGGACUCGUUGAUGGGCUCAGGGAUUCCUACCAAAAGGACUUUGGCAGGGGCAACUACAGGAAAGAGGCCGACUUCACGACCGAUGACAUGGUUUUGGAAAAGGUCAAGGGAGUUGUCGCGGUCUGA